AUGGAAAAGUACUCUGCGUUUCGGGAUCCUGGCACUGGUAUACAGCCAUUUCUGACACCCCUUCCUCCAUCGGACUCUAAUAUCGUUCUAAAUAUCACCCUUCCCCUCAGAUAUCUGCUCGGUGUUCUUCGAACCGGGAUAGUCGUCAUUCUCGCUAGCUUGUAUACAGUCCUAGUUGAAGGUAUCUGUUCAAUACUCCUUCCGAUCCCUCCACUCUAUAGAGCCGUGACCUAUGUCCUCACUGCGAUACUUUGUCGAUUCGCUCUUUUCAUCUUAGGGUUCUUGUGGAUCCCAGUAGAAACUGUGACAAGGAAACGCGGGCGUGUCGGGAAGACUGAGGAAAGCUGGACACCUCGAGCAGGAGAUCUUAUCGUUUCAAACUGGGUCUCGUGGAUAGAGAUCCUAUGGUUAGCUUUCCGAUUCAAUCCCGUCUUCGUCCUUCCAGUCAGUUCACAAAUCACUCCGCUCCCGGCCUCGCGAGAAUCGACGCCGGUCAUGAAGACCCCUGGCAGACGAACGGGCACUGGUUCAGCUGCUAUACACUCGACUUCGACAAGGUCAGCCAAUACGCCUAUACCAAUCACCGGAUUCCGUCGUGUGUCGUUGCUCUCCAUCAUCUGCGCUACCGGACAGGUUCCUCUACUUGAUAGUGCUGCCAAAGCCAGUAGCCUUGAGGAGCUUCGAAAGACCGUUGAUCGACCGAUCGUAGUGUUUCCGGAAUGUACGACCAGCAACGGCCGUGGGCUGCUCAGGUUUGCCGAAAUAUUCACAGACAGGCAUGUUCCAAUAAAAGGGUAUAAGGUAUUCGUGAUGUGCAUCAGAUACGAUCCUCCCACUGCAUUCUCACCGACCCCAUCUCACUCAAUACCUACGUCGUCUAACCCACUUCCGCACCUUUUCGAGCUAGCGACUGCUCUGAAGCCACUGACUGCGUCCGUUCGUCUCUUGUCGAUGUCGGAAUCUCCCAGUUCUCCGUCUUUUCUCGUCAAUGAGGUCACAUCAGGGGACUUCGGUCGUGAUCCGCUUUCUUCCGCUUGUGGGGCACUCAUAGCACAAUUGGGGAAGCUCAAAAGGGUGGGGAUGGGGUGGGAGGAUAAAGCCGCCUUCCUCAGUUUUUAUCAUGAGAAAAGGAAGUAG